UCCUUUUUUUUUUUUUUUUUUUUGCGGUGUCCAAAUGCGACCCGUUGUUCCUCGGAUGUUUUGGCGCAAACCCAUGUGUUAAUUCGGGAUUCUGGUGAGAAAAGUUGGGAUCUUUGUUGGAAGGGAAACGAUGAUGAUGACGAUGGAAGGGAUGAUGGAUAAGGGGGUGUUGGAUGAUAUUAUAAGGAGAUUGUUGGAAGGGAAAGGAGGGAAACAGGUUCAGCUUUCGGAGAGCGAGAUUCGUCAACUAUGUGUUAACGCCCGACAAAUCUUCCUCUCUCAGCCCAAUCUCCUCGAGCUCCAUGCCCCAAUUCGCAUCUGCGGUGAUAUCCAUGGACAAUACCAAGACCUUCUGAGACUGUUUGAAUACGGAGGCUAUCCUCCUUCAGCAAACUAUCUCUUCCUCGGCGAUUAUGUGGACAGAGGCAAGCAAAGCCUCGAGACGAUAUGUUUGCUCUUGGCCUACAAGAUCCGGUACCCGUCAAAGAUCUAUCUCCUGAGAGGAAAUCAUGAGGACGCCAAGAUCAACCGGAUUUACGGGUUUUAUGACGAAUGCAAAAGAAGAUUCAACGUACGCCUUUGGAAGAUAUUCACCGACUGCUUCAACUGUUUGCCAGUUGCUGCCCUUAUCGACGAUAAGAUCCUCUGUAUGCAUGGUGGUUUGUCGCCAGAAUUGGAAAAUCUGGGUCAGAUAAGGGAGAUUCAAAGGCCCACAGAGAUUCCAGACAAUGGUCUCCUCUGUGAUCUGCUUUGGUCGGAUCCUGAUCCAAAGAUCCAAGGUUGGCUUGAUAGUGAUCGAGGUAUCUCCUGCACGUUUGGAGCCGAUAGAGUGGCUGAGUUUUUGGAUAAGAAUGAUCUUGACCUCAUUUGUCGAGGCCAUCAGGUGGUGGAAGACGGGUACGAGUUCUUUGCGAAAAGGAGAUUAGUUACGCUAUUCUCAGCUCCCAACUACGGUGGGGAGUUUGACAAUGCAGGCGCAUUAUUGAGCGUUGAUGAAUCUCUCGUUUGCUCCUUUGAGAUUCUGAAACCAGCCCCUGCUUCAAGCAGCAGUUCCACUCCUCUCAAAAAGGUACCCAAAAUGGGAAAGGCUUAGGAAACCACCAAUAGCCUUUUUCUCUUGGCACCUGUUUCACAGCUUAAGGUGGACCUUCAGAAUUCAGACGGCUUAGUUUCCACUGUUGUAUGUCUCUUUUCUGUAAUUGGUGAUUGCAGUGAAGAAGAAAGAAAGAAAAAAAAAGCUACUUGGUCAUAUACCAGAGAAGAUCCAUUUGUAAAAAAAAAAUCAGAUUUUUUCUGUAUAUAUAUAUAUAUAUAUGCAGAAAGAUCUCUCUUCUGCUUCUGGAGAUGAUGAUCUGUCUCCUGUAGUCUGUUUCUUUUCUUUUCUUAGUUAAUUUAGAGCGCCUCUCCUGUAGUCUGUUCUUUUCCCAUUGUUCACCAAAACCCUCUGGGCAUGAUCAUGAAGAUACCACAUUUCUUGUAUUUCA